ACAUAUUAAAAACUGACUGUGAAAUUGUCAUGGAAAUUAUAACUUUUGACAUUUCAAAUUAUAAUUUUUGAAGUGUGAGUAGACAAAGUAGCCAUAUUAUUAAAUAUGCGUCAUCAUUCAUCAGUUACUCAUCACCCUAGUAGCGGAAAUAAUAUAGGAGGGAGUCACGGUGUUCAGCAGCUCUUGGUGGCAGAGAAAAGAGCUGCUGAGAAAGUUGCAGAGGCAAGAAAACGAAAGGCUCGGAGAAUAAAGCAAGCUAGAGAAGAAGCGGAAGCAGAAAUAGAAAUUUUUAAAUCGCAGAAAGAAAAACAGUUUUUAGAAUAUGAAAUUAAAUACAUGGGAAAUAGUGAAGAUAUAGCUGCUAGUAUUCAACAGGAAGCUGAUAAACAAAUAGCCGAACAUGAUCACAGAGUUCGAGAAAAUAAAGAGGCAAUUAUAGAAGAUCUUAUAAGUUACGUAAUUGAUAUUGAACCAGUUGUACCUCGAAAUUUUUUUAAUUUGAAAAAAUUCAAUAAAAUAUGA